AUGGAGCUGGCGCCUGAAAUAUUCGACAAAGUCAUCUCAAACCUUUCUUAUAUGGAAGUCUAUCGUAUUCGAUCGGUAAACAAGACUUGGAAACAGCUAUGCGAAUAUCAUUUAUAUCUUCGGUGUAAAACUAGCAAAAAAAACAUACAUGUAAAAUUGGAAGAUGAAAAAGGUCGAAGGACUAUUAUUGACAUGACACCAUGUCGCUACGACGCAGAACAUCAAGUUAUAGAAUUUAAAACAUGUCAUUAUUUGAGAAGGCAAAAGUCUAUCUUGAAAAAUGCACAGAUCAUAUUCGGUGAAUGGUGCGAAAGAGAAGCCAACCCAGCAUUUAUGGAUCAUCUUGACCUCGCUGACCGCGCUCAUGUAUUGUUUCAUUUGCAAUUUAAUCCGUCUUUACAGCAAGUUUACGAGUUAUCGCCGUCUCUUAAUCAUCAAGAUGUAGAUGGAAGAUUGCAUUACCUAGGCGAUAAAGGAAUGAUUAUGACCUAUUCCUAUAAAUUUGUAGAACCAAAAGCAUCAUCAUCCAUGCUAUUACAACGUCCGCUUUCACCAUUUAUAUGUGUUCGUAUCAAUUCACUUCAUGUUAACCUCUCAUGGUUGAUCGCCGGUAUGAAUCCCGACGUUAUUCCCGAGCCAAUUUAUACCAAACGAUAUAAGCAGCUAGCAUCAGCACUUUUACGACGAAUCAAAUCAGACAAGAGGGAAAACUAUAUGCAUCUCCAUAUCCAUUCGGAAACGGUCCUUAAAUACCUUCUCACUAAUGAACUAGAUGAACAAUUGUUUGAGCUAGAAAAUACAGCGUUACUACAAGAUACAAGAUUGAACAAUGCCUUGUCAAGGCGUGAAAGUGUGCAGAUGCAAUUAGAAAAAGCUGGCAUUGACCCGCGGGUAGUCUGGAAAUAUACCUUUGCCAAGAAUUAUAUUCUGGAUGGAGGGCUUACGACAGUAACAUCGAAUGAUGUUGUGGACAUGAUUCAAAGAGCAGAAGAGGAAUGGAUGCUAAAAAAACUGAACAUUAUACGUCGAAUAAGAAGUUACUUUUGA